CCACGUGGAGGCCGUGCCUCAAACACUUCCCCUGGCCGCGGGGCGAGCUCUGGCCCGCCUCCUGCCCCGCUGGGGCCAUUCAGCUGGUUUUUUAUUUGCCACUUGAAUGGCUUCACGCCCACCGCAGGGCAGCCUGGGGGGGUCCCGGCAGGACCCUCCCUCCCCAGGGCGGAGCAGCCGCGACCCAAUGCUCGUUGUUGGCGGCGCUGGAAGCUUCCAGAGCCGGGCGAGGAAAGGCGAUGGAGGAGGAGGCGUGGGCCGACAGCAUCAACCAGGCCAAUAAGAUGGCCCUGCGCAACUGGGUACGAGAAACCGGCAUCGAUCUGGUGCAGAUCAAUGGCCAAAGGCGAUACGGCGGCCCCCCGCCAGGCUGGGUGGGCAGCCCCCCACCGGCGGGCUCGGAGGUCUUCAUCGGGAAGCUGCCGCAGGAGAUGUACGAGAACACGCUGAUCCCGCUUUUCCAGAGCGUGGGGAAGCUCUACGAGUUCCGCCUCAUGAUGACCUUCAGCGGCCUCAACCGGGGCUUUGCCUACGCCAAGUACAGCAACUGGCAGGGAGCCAGGGAGGCCAUUGCCACCCUCAACAACUUGGAGGUGCAGGAGGGCUACACCAUCGUGGUGUGCAAGAGCUUGGAGAAGUGCGAGCUGAGCGUGGACGGCCUGCCCGCCUCGGUGAGCCAGAAGUACCUGGAGGCUGUGGUGCUGAAGGCCACCGAGGGGGUCCUCAGCAUCACCCUGCAUGCCAGCCCUUACCAGAAGAAGGCCAAGCUCGCCGUGCUGAAAUACAGCUCGCACCGGGCUGCUGCCAUGGCCAAGAAAACCCUGACAGAAGGGAAUGUGAAGCUCUGUGGGGAGAACAUGAACGUGGGGUGGCUGAAACCAGAGCUGAAGGAGAAACUGCGGCUGUGUAAGGAGAAGCACGGCAAGCACCUGGGGAGCCCCAAACAACUGCUGAUGUCCCUGAAGCUGUGCGACGUGCUGGACUGCCUGAACACCCUGUGCCGUCAGAAGUGCCUGGGGACCCCCCGCUUCUUCACAAAGUGUGUCCAGGUGAAACCCGGUGGGUGGCUGCAGUACUGGUGCCAGCUAGUGAUCCCAGCGUGGCCCUUUCCCUUCGGCGGGUUGCUGUGGGUGCAGGAGGAUGCGCCAAACACCGGUGGGCAUGAGAAGGCAAAAAGUGCAGUGGCGCGGCUGGCUCUUAGGAAGAUAGAAUGCCUGCUGACAUAGGCAGUGUGUUUUGGAUGCGGGCAGCUGUUUUGCCCGAACUAUGAACCGAACCGGAGCCAUCAGACGUCCUGUUGCUGUCUGCAGGAGUGGAGCACGGGCCCGGUGGGGAUGUGGUCCUGUUUCAGCUUUGGUUUCAGUUUGUUGGGGUUUAUUUUUGAGAGCCAGUGCUGGAAGAUGUGGGUGCUGUCGUGGUGCGUGACAGCUGCCCUGUUCCCAGCCGGCACUCGGUUCUGCUCUGUUCUGGGGGAGGUAGGCCUGACCUGCCUGGUUCAGCUUUUUCCUUUUUUUAUAAAAUCGUUCUGUGUUGCUCUGGUGGAGUAGGGCCCCAGCAUAGGUCUUGGGAGAAGUUAGAAGCAGCAGCAGCUGCUCUGAAAGGCUGCCAGCAGUGGGUGUGGGCUGGGGAGGUCUAGGGGACCUCUGGGGGGUGGCCCAGCUGAAUGGGGGGACAACGAGUGGCCUCAUCUCACCUCCACUUCACGCUGGGUACCCGAGCAGCAGCCUCACUUUGAUAAACAGGGGACACCCCGCUGGCUGGGGGGCUGCAUUUCGGCUAGGAGAGGGGCUGCGGGCCCUGGGAGGCACGGAGCCAGUUGGGCUGCGAGGAAGCAGCAGGGGUUUUUGGCCAUCAUGAAUGAAUCCUCUGGACCGAGAGGACUGGCUACCAGCCACCGACUUGGUAUUAAAGUAGCCUGGCGAGCACCGUCUGUGUAUCAGUAUUUCUUGACUUGUCCAGAGGGGUCUGAUCCUGAGGGGGUGCCUGGGUUCCCCCUGUGUCAGGUGAGAGCAGCGGCCCCCGGGGGGCACUGAGCGCCCUGCCCCUCACGGGCCCUGCUGUGCCUUCACCUCACCCGUGCCCGCGGCCGCCCAGGGCAGCAGUGGGGCGGGCAGGGCCCCGGCCCCGCCUCUGAGGCAGGAAUGGUUGCGCUGAGGCCUUGAGGCGUGCGGAGGCAGGAAGCAGCAGUGGGCCGGCUAUAGCCCAGCGGUUCCUUCGGCUGCCUGUUGUCGUCUUUCGAUUCCCUGCCUCGGUGGGGGUUCGAGUCCCGCGGGCACCCCUGGCCUACUUCUU